CAGAAAGCAGAAAAAAACAGUCACCGCAGAAUAGACACCAACAAAUGCAAGAUCGGGUCAACAUCUUUCCCUCGCGCGCCAAUCUCGUGCUCAUGAAACAGCGCAUUGUAGCCGCGUCGAGAGGCCUAAAUUUGCUUAAGCGGCGGCGCGAUGCACUUGAAAUGAAACUACGCGAACUGACAGCCGAUUUGGAAGCUGCUCGAGAAGUGGUGGAUAAGGUAAUGGCCGAAGCAAUAUUUUCGAUGGCAAAAGCGAAUUUCCUCGACGCCGACAUGCGGGCCUGCGAACUCAUGCAGAUCGACAAAGCGGACAUUUAUAUGCGUAUAAGAAAUGCCCGGGUAGCGGGCAUACUGCUACCACAAUUCCAGCUGUACGUCGAUAGUCCGGCUAGUUUUCCUUUGACCGGCUUGUCGCGUGGCGGUGAACAAGUGGAAGUCGUGCGUGAGAACUUUCAAGACGCCGUACGUACACUCGUUACACUCGCCUCGCUCGAGUACUCUGUGAGUACGCUGCGCGAUGGUGUACGUCAAAAUAAUAUGCGCGUGAACGGUUUGGAAUAUGUGGUGCUGCCACGUUUUCACAAUACCGUCAACUAUAUACGUGACGAACUGGAGGAAUAUGAACGUGAAGAUUUCUAUCGCUUGAAGCGUUCGCAAGCGAAACAACGCAGCCGAAAAGAGAAGUUUGCCCUACUGCUCAAGAUGAAGUAUUUGACAGCCGAACAGAAAGCCGAACUCGAAAAGAUAGAAUUCCAGAAGACGAAAUCAAUCUCGUUACCAAGCCUAGUGGAAGAUUUUGAUAUGAAAAAGUUCGAUGACGCUGCAGACGAACAAGAUAUAAAGCAAGAAGAUAGUGAGGACGGGCCAUUACAUUAAACUUAUAUAUAGGGGAGAAAUAGAAUAAAUG